AUGCCGAUACUGCGCGGCAGGAGCACAGGACCAUUGCGCGGCAUCCCCGGCAAACCGCAGAAACCGCGCGCGAGCGGCGCAAGGAGAAGGGACGGACGUUGCUAUGGUCUCCAUUCUGCUUCCUUUUUCUUCCGCUCUGAGAAGGCCCUGGUUGACAGGGGAGGGGACCGGUGGCACUGGCGCAGUUCCAUCAGUGGACCCGCGAGCAGCGGACAAACCGAGCAGCACAUACAUUACACACACGUACCCCCCCCCCCCCCCCUCUCUCUCCUCAGAAUAAGCCACAGAAAAAAAAAACGAAGAGAAAAAUCGCGAGCACGAAGAACGGAGAUCCAAGUCGGCGCGAAAAGGAGGCCUCAGUCGCUUCGCCCGCAAGAAAAUCCGCCCGCGCGAUCGAGAGCAAAACAGUUGGGACUUAGAAAAGGUUCAGGCAUGGAAUCGACUUAUGCCACCGAAGAAAGUAAAUCAAAAGAUUCUUCUGCAAAUGCAUCUUCAUCUCCAACAGGAAGUUCAGUAACUUCUGUGGAUGUACCAACUCCCCUUGGAACCAAGGAAGUCCCUGACAAUAAUGAUCAUGAGGAACCAACUGGACAUGAAGAGAAGUCAGCCCAAGCAGCAAUUGAGAACUCUGAUCCGCAUAUAAUUUCUGCUGAUUUAACAGAGCACCAUGUGGGAUCAAAUGGCCCUUCAGACACAGGUCCUGGAAUACCCUCUUAUUCAGGACCAACUGAGGCAUUCGCAAACUCAACAAAUGAUAAGGAACAUCAUCCUUCUUCAGCAGAUACAAUUGAAGUGAACCAUAUGCCUGCCAAUGUUUCAAAUGGUGCUGGAACUAUGGUAACAGAUGGGAUGAGAUCUAAAGAGGACCAAAUAUAUUAUCAAUCAGAUAUUGCUAUAAAGCCAAAAAGGACAGAAGACUCGGAAACAAGACCUGAAAGUCCAUACAGAGGUCUUAUUGACACUACUGCACCUUUUGAGUCUGUUAGAGAAGCCGUCACCAAGUUUGGAGGAAUUGUUGAUUGGAAAGCUCACAAAGCUCAGAUGAUCGAGAGACGGAAGCUCAUACAACUUGAACUCGAGAAGGUUCAAGCAGAAAUUCCACAUUGCAAGGAGGAACUAGAAGCUGCUGAGAUGGCUAAAUCACAAGUAGUUGGUGAGCUAGAGUACACUAAGAGACUCAUUGAGGAGCUGAAGCAUAAUCUGGAGAAAGCACAGACUGAAGAAGCUCAGGCGAAACAGGAUUCUGAGCUUGCACAACUCAGGGCACAAGAAAUUGAGCACGGCAUAGCUGAUGAAGCUAGUUCAAUAGCCAGGACGCAAAUGGAAGUCGCGAAAGAAAGACAUGAAAAGGCUGUUGCUGAACUUAAGUCAAUAAAUGAAGAGCUAAGGUCAGUAUGCAAACAGUAUGCUACCCUAAUCAAUGAAAGAGAUACAGCAAUCAAAAGAGCAGAAGAAGUUAUAUCUGCCGGGAAGGAGAUUGAGAAGCGAGUGGAGGAAUUAACUUUAGAAUUGAUUGCAUAUAAAGGGUCUCUUGAGUUAGCCCAUGCUGCACAUCAUGAAGCAGAAGAACGUAGAAUCGGUGCAGCAUUGGCAAAGGAGCAAGAUUGCGUUGCUUGGGAGAAAGAGUUGCAUCAGGCACAAGAGGAGCUACAACAACUAGACAGUAAGCUUCUAUCCAAAAAUGAUAUGAAGCUGAAUAUAGAUGCAAAUUUGCGCAAGUUGCUUAGCCUCAAUUCUGAGUUGGCAGCCUAUAUGGAGAAUAAAUUGACUGAAGAAGUUGAAGGAGUUUCCAAGGAGCAUGAAUCUGAAGAUGCUAAACAAACCAGCACGUCAAUUAAGGAAACUCUAGCUUCGAAACAGAAAAAGCUUCAGGAGGUUAAAAGGAACAUUGAAAGGGCAAAGACUGAGGCCAACUUGUUAAGAUUUGCUUCCACAAAACUCAGAUCAGAACUGGAGAAUGAGAAAGCUUCAUUUGUCACAUUGCAGCAGAGGGAAGCUAUGGCAUCUAUUGCAGUUUCUUCACUAGAAGCUGAGCUCAACCGGACGAAACAAGAGAUAGAAUCUGUCAGGUCCAAGGAAGCAGAUGCCCAAGAAAAGAUGGUGGAGCUUCCUAAGAUAUUACAGCAAGCAACUGAGGAGGCUGAGGAAGCCAAGGUGGCAGCUCACCCAGCUCAAGAGGAACUAAGGAAAGCCAAGGAAGAACUUGAGGAAACCAAGGGUGCUGCAACUACAGCAGAGAUCAGGUUAUGUGCUGUUGUGAAAGAAAUAGAAGCAUGCGAAGCAUCUGAGAGGCUAGCCCUUGCGGCAGUUCAAGCAUUGCAACAAAGCGAGGAGGCAAGAGACGUCAAGGAUUCUCCGAGACGAGUGACGCUUCCUUUAAGUGAGUAUUAUGAACUUAGCAAGAAAGCACAUGAAGCUGAAGAACUGGCAAAUGAGAGGGUGGCAGAAGCAUUGGCACAGGUGGUGUCGGCAAAGGAGUCUCAAUCAAGGAGCUUGGAGAGACUAAAUGAAACAUCUGAAGAAAUGGAUGAAAAGAAGGAAGCUCUCGAAAUCGCACUGGAGAGAGCUGAGAGGGCAAACGAAGGGAAACUAGCUGCUGAACAGGAACUGAGGAAAUGGAGAGCUGACCAUGAGCAGCGCCGCAAAGCUCAUGAAGCUGUGAAACGUGCAGUCAAUCCUUUGAACGGUCCAUCAAGGAUAUUUGUUGAACAAAAGGGUCCUUUCCACGAUGAGCAGGAAUUCAAGUUGCGGAUGCCAGGAAGUAGUUAUGAGAGCCUCGUUCCAAACCGGAAGUUACAGGGGAAAAAGUCAUUGUUCCCGCUAAUGGGUUCCGUUCUAUCCAGAAAGACGCGGGCACAGACAUAAGAUAACGAGGUCAUAGAACUUUGUCGAUCCUAUUAUUGUACAUUGGUGUAAUAAGUUGAUUUUAUCUUUCUUGUUCUGAAAGAUUGAUUUUUUGUCGUCACAGCUUGGUAUCCGGUGUAAAAUGUAAGUUGGUGGUAUAAGCACCGGAGCGCAUAUUGUAGUUUGUCUAUCAUUUUUAGGUAACUAAAAUUUUGUGAGGAAAAUGUUCAUGUCAAAUCAAGUGUAGCUCUGAUCUUGUUUUGUUCCUCCUGAAACUUGUCUCUUUGAAGGGAACUGGUUACUGCAUC